AUUUGCCGAUGUUUUUAUUUUUCAAUCGUGGAAAUGUUGACAUUUUGGUUGUGUGUACAAUGCCCUAGAAAUAUUUUUGUUUAUUAGAAACAUAAUUUACUAUCAUUUUAGUAAGCUUUAAUCUUAUAUAUUUUAGUAGAAUUAUUUUUAUUAAAGAUGUCUGCAAGUCAAAAUUCCAAUGAUGCUUCUAAAUCGAAUGCUGCUGCUGCAAGCAGUCCUCAAGUUGUUCAAGAAUAUAUUGUAAAAAUGCCCAAAAAUAAAUCAAAAUGUUUCAAUGUGAUGAGAUUUUCCCAUUCAUUGAAUGUUGAUGUUACAAAAUGGACUCAGGCAAAAAUGGAGAGAGAGAACAAUCUGAAAGAGUUCAAAGCUGAUGAAGAUUUACCAAAAUAUGGUGCAGGAAGUGAAUUUGGCCGUGAACAACGAGAAGAAGCCCGUCGUAAGAAAUAUGGAAUAGUUUCAAAGAAAUAUAAUUCAGAAGAUCAGCCAUGGCUCUUAAAAUUAAAUGGCAAAGCUGGGAAAAAAUAUAAAGGCAUACGAGAAGGUGGAGUCACUGAAAAUGCCUCUUAUUAUGUUUUUACUCAAGCUUCAGAUGGAACAUUUGAAGCUUACCCUGUUGCAGAAUGGUAUAAUUUUACUCCCAUUCAACGUUAUAAGGCUUUAAAUGCAGAAGAAGCUGAGGAGGAAUUUAGCAGGAGAGAUAAAGUAAUGAAUUAUUUCUCCAUUAUGGUAAAGAAAAGAUUACAAAAAGAAAAUGCUGAAGAGGAAGAAGUAGAAGGUGAAAAGACUACCAGUAAAAAGAACAAAAAAUCAGCCAAGGAUUUUAAAAUAUCUGACAUGGAUGAUUGGGCUAAAGAUUCUGAUGAUUCAGAAGGAGAUGAAGAAGAGGACGAAGAAGAAUCCUCUUCUAAAAAAAAUGCUAAAAAAGGCAAAGGCAAAGAUAAGAAGAAACAAAAGAAAGAUGUAGAUGAGGAAGCAAAAGAAGAAAGUGAUGAAGGAGACUUUGAUGAUAGAGAAGUGGAUUAUAUCACUGGUUCAUCAAGUUCUGAAGAUGAAUUACCAGAAGAUGAAAAAAUUGUUAAUGAGCUCAAAGGAGUUGAAGAUGAAGAAGCCUUGCGUAAAUUAGAUGCUUCUGAAGAUGAAGAGGAGGAAGAAGAAGAAAACAAAGAAACAGAGGAAAAUACGGAACAAGAGAAAGCACCUGAGGUACAGAAAACAAAAAAGAAGAAAGAAGGAAAGGGAGGUGAUUCUUCAGGUGAUUCCUCAUCUGAUACUUCAGAUUCUGAUUUUGAUGAUACUAAAGUUCAUGCUGUUUUCAUGCAGAAACAAGCUAAAAAGAAUGGUUCUGAUAAUAGUGCCAGCAGCAGUAGAGCUAACACACCUACCAGAUUAAAUACCGAUGGUAAAGAUGGUGGUAAAGGAACCAAAAGAAAACUUGGUGAUGUUUCAGCUGCUGCAGCCAAAAAGGCUAAAACAGAUGGAAAUGCUGGCAGUACUACUUUUGUUAAUUCUUUGGAUGGCAUUACAGAAGAAGCUAUACGGCGAUACUUGUCACGUAAACCAAUGACUGCAUCUGAGCUAUUACAUAAAUUUAAGAGUAAGAAGACUAAACUCAGUUCUGAUCAAUUGGUGACAAAAAUUGCUGAUGUUUUGAAGAGGAUGGAUUUGGUGAAACGUAACAUCAAAGGAAAGAUGUAUUUAUCUUUAAAAACCUAAAUGAUUAUUGUAUAGUAGUGUAUUCUUAGUUUUUAUCUGAAAUAAAGUAUUGUAUUUAUACUG